CCUUCCUUUGCUCCAUUGCCAACCUGUUGCCUUGUAGCACAUGCAGAGGUUGCAUCUUGCAUGCAAAGCAAGCAGUGCAUGCUUGCAUGGGGUUGAUGCUGGCUACCAAAGCAAUGCACCCUCAGGUUGCACCUCUAAGCAACACAUCUGCUGUUGUUUGUGAAUGGGGUUUCUCAGUGGGUCACAGCUUUUUGGGUUCAGAACACUCAGAACGAAACCAAAGGGACGUUGGUGUCCUCCAAAGCCAGCAACGCCUCUUUGCUUCGCCCCAAUGGGCACGAAGCAGCCCCACAUACACCCCACAGCCACCCCAUAGCCAUGGGGAUCCCUUUUGGUUCAGUUCUGAGGGGGUUUAGGGCCUUUUGGAUGGGCAUCCAUGCAUGGCUGUGGGCUUUCUGAUCCCACCCCAUGGGCUCGCUUCAUGAUCCAAGGGCAUUUUAAGGGAAUUCAAUGGAGAUUUGGAGCAUUAUGGAGGAAAUGGGGGUUUCUGGGGGUUGUUUAAGCUCACUUUUGUGUGUGUAGGUAAAGUUGGUUGAGGGUUAAAUACACCUAUGGGUAUAUAGGGAUAUAUGGUAUAUAAAGGGAGAGAGUGAGGAGAGGGGUGAAGCAGCCAUCCCUGCAUCCAACUGAUGUUAAAUGGUAAAAAGACUUAGAGAAGGGAACCAUUCCUCUCAUCAGCCCUAAAUCUUAGGCCUUAAACUGACUUGAGAGAUGCCAGAUCAGAAAUGUUGAUGCUUUAUUACUAUUAAUAUGACUGUUAUUAGGUCUUAAAGCCAUCUGUUAUUGCUAUAUACCGAGGUGGGACACCAUUAAAAGUAAUAGCAUCCUCUUGUAAACCAGCUCACAAUGAGCAGCACCAGAAGGUGUCAUGACAAAGUGUGGGCUCGGGGUGGGGCAGGAGGCUGCGCUAUGGGGCAGAGGCAUUUAAUCAACCCCUUCCUGCAAGAACACGAGUAAUUAAGGUGGGAUUUUAAAUGGGUUUCUGCUUAAUUCCUUCAAGGGAUGGAUGUUUAAGGGCACGGGUAGCUCUUAUAGGGGAUGCAACCAGCAAAGCUUGGACCAUCUGCAAUUAACCCCCAUCCCAGCUCAGACCCCUCCCCAAAUCCUCUUUGCUCCCAUUUAUGCUGUGGGUUCUGACCCCUUUCUUUCUCCUUACCAUGCCAUAGGGACUAGGUUUGGGGUACCAGGACAACCAGGGCACAGAGAUCACUAUGGGAGAUGCACCAAGCUCUCCCUCCUCCUACCCCAAACCUCCUCCCCAAAUCCCUUUUGUUCCCAUCCAUUCUGUGGGUCUCACCCCCAUUCUUUCCCCCUUACCAACCCAUGGGGAUCAGGAGACCCACUUGGAUGUUUAGGGCACACUUAUAGGGGAUGGACUUGGAUGUUUAGGGCACACUUUAGGGGAUGGACUUGGAUAUUUAGGGCUCACUUAUAGGGGAUGGACUCGGAUAUUUAGGGCACACUUAUAGGGGAUGGACUUGGAUGUUUAGGGCUCACUUAUAGGGGAUGGACUCGGAUGUUUAGGGCACACUUACAGGGGGUGGACUUGGAUAUUUAGAGCUCACUUAUAGGGGAUGGACUUGGAUAUUUAGGGCACACUUAUAGGGGAUGGACUUGGAUAUUUAGGGCACACUUAUAGGGGAUGGACUUGGAUAUUUAGGGCACACUUAAAGGGGAUGGACUUGGAUAUUUAGGGCACACUUAUAGGGGAUGGACUUGGAUGUUUAGGGCACACUUAUAGGGGAUGGACUUGGAUAUUUAGGGCACACUUAUAGGGGAUGGACUUGGAUAUUUAGGGCACACUUAUAGGGGAUGAACUUGAGCCACCACCCCUAAGCUCAGCCCUGGCUCUGCCCACCCCUAAACACCAUUGGGGUGGGUGGGAAGGGAAACGCCUUCCCCCUCUCAUUGCCUUUGUGGGGCCCCAUGGCUGAACCCAACCCAGCUCCCCACCUCCCCAAUGAAGCCUCCUGCCCCAUAUGCCUGGAAUACUACCAAGAUCCAGUCUCCAUCCAUUGCGGACACAGUUUCUGCAGGCAAUGCAUCACUCGCUGCUGGGAAUGGUCCACCGGGGGGUUUUGCUGCCCUCAAUGCAAGGAGACAGCAGAGGAGAGGACUUUAUAUCCCAAUAGGGAGCUUGCAAAGGUGCUGGAGAUCGCCAGGAGGCUGAGCUUGCAAGCAGCCCAAAGGGAUGUUGUAGGGCAGGAUGGCUGCAAAAAGCACCAGGAACCUCUGAGCAUUUAUUGCAAAGAUGAUGGAGCUUUCAUCUGCAUGAUCUGCAGAGAGUCGAGGCUGCACCGGGCUCACGCCAUGCUUCCUGUGCAUGAUGCUGUCCAGGAAUAUAAGGAACAAAUCCAAUCCCAUCUUCAAGCACUGAAGGAAGACAGAGAGAAACUCUUGGGGUUCCGAGAGGCUGAAAUGAAGAGAAAUUGGGACUAUUUGGAGAAAACCAGCACUGAAAGGCAGAAGGUUUUGGGUGCAUUUGAAGGGCUGCGCCUGUUCCUGGAGGAGCAGGAACAUCAUCUGUUGGCUCAGCUGGAAAACAUGGAGAGGGACGUGGAGAAAACACAGGAGGAGAACAUCACCAUACUGACCAAAGAGAUCUCCCGCCUGGAUACCAUCAUCCAGGACAUGGAGGAGAAGUGUCAGCAACCAGCAAGUCAGUUUCUGCAGGACAUCAAGAGCACCUUGAGCAGAUUGGGAAAGGAGAACUUCCAUCAACCCAUGUUGCUUCUUCCGGACCUAGAAAAGAAUCUCAUCCACUUCAGGGAGAAAAAUAACACGUUAGAGGAGAUCCUGAAGAACUUCAAAGAAAACCUGACGUUUGAGGUGCCUGAAAAGAUGAAUGUGACCCUGGAUCCAACCACAGCUCACCCCCAGCUCGCUGUAUCAGAGGAUGGGAGGAGCGUGAGAUGGGAAGAUGCCCAACAAGAUGCAGCCAAUGAGGAAUGUGGGACCGAUCCCUUUGUGCUGGGCCACGAGGGCAUCACGUCAGGGAGAUGCUGCUGGGAGGUGGAAGUGACUCCCAAAGGCUCCUGGGCUGUUGGGGUGGCCAAGGAGUCCCUAAAGAGGAGGGAAGAGAACCAUGCGAGCCCUGAGAUCGAGCUCUGGUCUAUGGGCUUCUGUGAAGGACAGAUUUGGGCUCUCUCCUCCUUUGAGCGCAUGACAUUGCCCCAAAUCCAGGUUCCCAGAAGAGUUCGGGUCACCCUGGACUAUGAAAGGGGUCAGGUGGCAUUUUUUGAUGCUGAUAAGAGGGCUCUCAUCUUCAUUUUCCCACCAGCUUCAUUCAAAGGGGAGAGCAUCCACCCCUGGUUCUUGGUGUGGGGUGAGGGCUCUCAGAUCACGUUGCGUCUUUGAAGCUCUCCAAUACCCAAACACAAAUGUUAUGUCCCCAGUGUCCCUAUCCACGUUGUAGGGCUCCUAUUGAAUUCCUUAUUGGGUUUUCUAUCUCCUCUUCCCAUUCCCAUUGACCCCAAAAUGUUAAGCACCUUCAGGUCAGUCUUCAUAAUUGUCAGUGCUAGUUUUGGGGUAUCGGUGGCAAAUGGAGACCCAUUUUACCCCAUCUUGUAUCACCCUGAUUCUCCAAUUUUAUGGUUUUAGAUGAAGUAAAAAAGGUUUGUGUGUCAUAAA